AUGCCCAAAACGCAGCAGUUGGGAGGAUGUGGCAUACUGGGAGUGGGCGUCUGGCUCUCGGUGACCCAGGGAAACUUUGCCACCCUGUCAUCAUCCCUUCCCUCCCUGUCGGCGGCCAACUUGCUCAUCGCCGUGGGGACCAUAAUCAUGGUGAUCGGCUGCUUGGGCUGCGUGGGCGCCGUCAAAGAGAGCCGCCCCCUGCUGCUGACGUUCUUCAUCCUCCUCCUGCUCAUCUUCUUCCUGGAGAUUCUGUCCAUCAUGCUCUUCUUCAUCUACCAAGACGAGAUCGACCACUACGCCCAGAAGGAUCUGAAGAAAGGCCUCCAGCUCUUCGGCACGGAGGGCAACGUGGGCCUCACCAACGCCUGGAUGAUCGUACAAACGGACUUCAGAUGCUGUGGAGUCACCAACCACACCGACUGGUUUGAGGUCUACAACGCCUCCCGUGUGCCGGACUCCUGCUGCCUGGAGUACAGCGACAACUGUGGCCUGGACAACCCGGGGACGUGGUGGACGGCGCCGUGCUACGAGCGCGUGAAGGACUGGCUUAAUGAGAACCUGGUGGCUCUUUGGAUCUUUGCUCUAUGCACAGCACUUACUCAGAUCCUGGGCCUGGUCUUCUCCAUGACGAUGUUCUGUCAGGCAGUGAAAGUAGAGACCUUCUACGCCUAGCGAUCGACCUCUCCGGCCUUCAGCACACUUGGAUUGUUUCUCAUCAAGAGAGGGACGGAUAUAGACCCACCCUCCUUCCUCCUCUUCCUCCUCCUCCCCCGACAGACUCUUCUUUCCUUGUCCUCUCCGUGACAUUCCCUCUCGGAUGUCACCACUUCAGUGUUUCCUGCUAACUAUCAACAAGCACAUUGUCAGUGUAAUCCCUGAGUUUGGUUCCUUAUGGUUUGCUCUUUGUCCCAAAAAAAAAAAAAAAAAACUAUUUUUUUUGUGAUACAUUUUACGAAGCAGUAUUUACGAACAUGUGUAAGAAAAAAAGGGAAAUGUAACACCUUUUU